AGGAUGGUUGUUGUCCUCAGUAACAAUAUAUAGGCCUACCUACUUAGCUUAUAGUAGCCUACAAUAUAGUAUAAUUAUUAGUAGUGAGCAAUUAUUUAUUUGAAAAUGUAUUGUCUUAUAGUGUAAAAUUCAAUUCUCCAAAUUACUGUUUUAUGUUCUAUUUUUUUAUUCUUUAUAGCAUACCGGUAUACAAUUAGGUCACUCAACAUGUCACUAUGUAUUAUAGAUUUUAUGUGUAAUAUUAAUUUAUGAAUACCGAAAAGUGAGUUUUUAUGAGUGAUUAAAUUAGUUCUUUAUUAUUUGAAUUUAAUUAUUUUUUAUCUCAAAUCCAUAUAUUAUAGGUACGGUAGUUACAGUAGGCUUUUUAUGUGAUGAAUAGUAGAAGUAAUGAGAUAUGUGAUAAAUAGUAAAAAUAGUUAUAAAUGUAAUAAAUGGUAGAAAAUGCAAAUCAAUUUGAUAUUUUAAAAUUGUGUCAAAAAUAUCAUAUAAUAAAUUUAAAGAACUCAUAGCCUAUUCAUCUUAAGUUUUGUUUGUUUUUGGGCAUGGUAGACCUAUUUGCUUGUUUUAUAAAAUGAGAAAAUAAAUAAUUAUUUUAAAAAAUAAUGGUUUUUGUGUCUUGAGUAAGUAAACGGAGUUAAGUUAACACACAUAAUUUUUUUCAUGAUUUAGCCUAAUUGAAUCCGUGAACUAAUUACAGUACGAUAUUCUGUAAUUGCUUACAUAAACUCAACUUUUUUGACAGUUGAAAUAUUGCGCCUUGGAGGUUUUGUGAUCAUGUGACAGAGGAUUGAAGUUUCUUUGGAAAUUUGAAUUAUCGCGCCUUGUAGGUUUUGUAAUCAUGUGACAUUAUGAUUCUUUUUAAAACUAUUUUGAAAUAAAAAAAAAUGAAAGAUAUUUAUAACAGAAGAGAAAAAAAUGCAUAAAUAUUUAGAGAUCUACAAAUUUUGAAUUUAUGAUAAAAACAACAUUUUGAUAUAUAUCAUGAGUUUUGGGUUCAGGGCAAGUUGAAGUGCAUUGUGGGAAAUCAGUAUCACCCUUCAUUCCAAUCACCAUUUUUCUGUCCUUCUUGCGGCAGACACGUUCAGAAAAAUGGCUUUGCUGUCUGCUAGAUUUGCUGCUGGUGUAGCUAAACAUUUACCUUCAACAGUCCCACAGGUAUCCAGCCUAACAUGGCCAUCGAUUCAGAUUGCAAGCAGGAAGCUGCAUGCAGGAACCUCCCUGAAAGCAGCCGAAAUCUCCAGCAUUCUGGAGGAACGCAUUCUAGGUGCCGCACCUAAGACCGACUUGGAGGAGACGGGCCGCGUGUUGAGCAUUGGUGACGGUAUCGCGCGUGUCUAUGGUCUGAAGAACAUCCAGGGCGAGGAGAUGGUGGAGUUCUCGUCGGGUCUGAAGGGCAUGGCCCUCAACUUGGAGCCGGACAACGUGGGAGUGGUGGUGUUCGGUAACGACAAGCUGAUCAAGGAGGGCGACAUCGUGAAGCGAACCGGCGCCAUUGUCGAUGUGCCCGUUGGCGAGGACCUGCUUGGUCGUGUCGUCGACGCCCUCGGCAACACCAUUGACGGCAAGGGACCUCUCUCCAGCAAGACUAGAGCCCGUGUUGGAGUGAAAGCGCCAGGUAUCAUUCCCAGGAUCUCAGUGAGAGAGCCCAUGCAGAGUGGAAUCAAGGCCGUCGACUCCCUUGUGCCCAUUGGCCGAGGACAGCGAGAGCUCAUCAUUGGUGACAGACAGACUGGAAAAACUGCUCUGGCUAUUGACACCAUCAUCAACCAGAAGAGAUUCAACGACGCCCAGGAAGAAAAGAAGAAGUUGUACUGCAUCUACGUUGCUAUUGGUCAGAAGCGAUCAACUGUCGCCCAGAUUGUGAAGCGACUCACUGACAGCGGUGCCAUGAAGUACACAAUCAUAGUGUGUGCCACAGCGUCGGACGCUGCCCCCCUGCAAUACCUGGCUCCCUACUCCGGCUGCGCCAUGGGAGAGUUCUUCCGCGAUAACGGCAAGCACGCUCUCAUCAUCUACGACGAUUUGUCCAAGCAGGCCGUCGCCUACCGUCAGAUGUCACUGCUGCUGCGUCGACCCCCCGGCCGUGAGGCCUACCCCGGAGAUGUGUUCUACCUUCACUCGCGUCUUCUCGAACGAGCUGCCAAGAUGAACGAAACCAACGGAGGAGGAUCCCUCACUGCUCUACCCGUCAUCGAAACCCAGGCUGGUGAUGUGUCAGCUUACAUCCCAACCAAUGUGAUCUCCAUCACUGACGGACAGAUCUUCUUGGAGACUGAGUUGUUCUACAAGGGCAUCCGACCUGCCAUCAACGUCGGUCUGUCUGUCUCCCGUGUCGGAUCCGCUGCUCAGACCAGAGCCAUGAAGCAGGUGGCCGGCUCGAUGAAACUGGAGUUGGCGCAGUACCGUGAGGUGGCAGCGUUCGCGCAGUUCGGCUCGGACCUGGACGCGGCCACCCAGCAGCUGUUGAACCGCGGCGUGCGGCUGACUGAGCUGCUCAAGCAGGGACAGUACGUGCCCAUGGCCAUCGAGGAACAGGUCGCCGUCAUCUACUGCGGCGUGCGUGGCCACCUCGACAAGAUGGACCCCUCCAAAAUCACCGCCUUCGAAAAGGAGUUCCUGCAGCACAUCAAGACCUCUCACCAAGACAUUCUGCAGAGCAUUGCCAAAGAAGGAAAGAUCACUGAAGACACCGAUGCUAAGCUGAAGACAAUUGUCACAAGCUUCCUUAGCACAUUCCAGGCGUAAAUUAGGGGUUCAAGUGAUGUAUUGUAGUGUGCUAUUAAUUGAACAUCAAUAAGGCCAAACAAGUUUUGAUCAUCUAAUGAGUAAAAGGAAAGCAAGACGUUAUAAUGCAUUUAGCUGGGCUCUAGGGCCUAGCGGGCUGGUCUUGCUUUGCACCGGUUCACACCCACAUUUCGUAGACCUUCCAAAUGAAAGGAUAGGCGAGUUAUUUUUAAAAAUAUAUAAUUUAAGAAACCUUCAUAAUCUUUCAAUCGUCGAUUCAUGUAUUAUUAAAUAUUAAUUGAUAAGUACAACUUUCUACAAAUAUAUGUUCUAUGGUUGAAAAUUACUGAAGGAUGGCUGAACAAGUCAUCCCUCUACAGAAAUUUAUUGGCUUGUAAUUUUGUUGAACUGUCAUAAACGAUUUCCAUGUUACUAAA